UAAAUAUAUAUGUCCGCAUAUGCUGCAGUGUAGUGGCGGCCAAGAAAUGCGUAACUACAAGUCCCAUAAUGCAACACAACGAAAGGCGACGUCAUCGAGGACGACAAAUCGAGUUUUCCAAGUUUUCAUAUAUAUGAAUUUUUAAAAAGUAGAUUUAAUUUGUUAUAAACGAGAUUAUUAUUCAUCAACGAAACAUCUUUUGUAGUUUCAGUUUACCUGACCAAUUCACUAUAAUGACUUCAAAUCAGGGUCGGCACUUUUCUCCACAAUAAACCCAAAAAACGAAUUUAAAUAUGCGCGAGAAUUAUAUGUUCUGAUACAUGUGUGACGCAUAUAUGUGCUACUGUACCUCCAAAAUAACAAUGAAAGCAAGUCAACCACUGAUGUUGGAGUUUCCCUUGAAAGAGUCUCACAGUUUAAACACUUGGUUUACUACCAUGUCAUUCUCGUGUAUUUAUCUACCCUGAUUCAUGCAGUUUGGUAUCGCGCACAAAACCUACAUGUGCUAUUUUAAGAAAAGAUGGAGGAACAUUGAUGCAAAGGGGUUUUGUGACUCACAGUUCGCCGACAACAGUCUGUUUAUGAUGUAUUUCAGCGUCUAUAUUGUCCUUUAUCGUGUGUAAUUUAAUAUAUUGAAGUCAGGCGAAUGUGCAUCAGUUUGAGGUACUGCGCAUGUGCGAAGCAGAACUACCGCUCUCUCAUAUUCUCACCACUGUAAUUCGGCAUACUUACACGAAAGCAAUGACAGGCACAUAUAUAAGUACAUAACGUAAUUUUUGCGCCUACGUUUUUUGUUGACAGCUAUAACAACGCGUGUUUAGUGGCGCUCGCGGGAGCUCGGGCGACGCGGAAGUGAGCGGCAGUGAACCAUCUUGCUCCACCUGCUGAGCUUGUGCAGACUAAUUCAUUAUUAUUAGAACAUCGCCUUUGAAGGAGUCCAUGUGUUACACCAGCGGGGUCCUAUUGUUUCCUGCAGGUAGUCGGACGGCGGUUGCCAUGGGUCGUCUGUUUCUCGGGGCCGUCAACACAGCGCGUUGGAGCGAUACAAGUGAGUGGUUCGGCUCGGAUCACGCUCCUAAAUAGGCUCGCAACACACCGGCCCACCGACGCGGAGCAGAAAGCUGGGGCGAAACACUCCCUCUGCAUGUGCACCUUUUUCCCUGUCUACAGACUCACCGGUCGCUAAAUACGGCGAUGACAAGAUGCCGUUUACGGUGCUCCGCAGGUCUCUUUAGGCGCAUAACGGUUCCUCUCCUUGUGUCAGCCUUUCCUCGGGCGGAGCCUCCAUGCGCCCGGUGCACGAGAUAGUCCCACGGUUGAGCGUGUCCCGGGACCUGGAGCAGCGCACAGAUGGCCCACAACCCACACCUCUGGUUGCCGCGGGUGACGGUGAGGCACGACUACAUCGGCCCCAGGUCUUUCCGGGUCUCUGCUGCCACCUCAGUUGGAGAAGUGAAGCAGCUACUUUAUGAAGAGACAGACCUGCCAGUCAAAGAGCAACAGCUGACACACAACGGCAAGAUGCUCCACGACCGGACAGUGGUUGGGUCGCUGGCGGCCCCAGGAAGUCCUGAAAUAUCAGUGACUCUGGAGGGGCGGGGUCUCAGAGGAGGAGGGAGAUUUGGACAAACUACGCCGCCGCUGGUGGAGUUCCUGAAGGACAUUCUCAGGAGGUACCCGGAAGGUGGUCAAAUUCUGAAGGAGCUGAUCCAGAACGCAGAGGACGCCGGGGCCACUGAAGUCAAGUUCAUGUUCGAUGAGACAGAGUUCGGGGUGGAGUCCCUGUGGUCACCUGACAUGGCUCAGCAUCAAGGACCGGCUUUGUAUGUCUACAACGACGCGGUCUUCACCGCUGAGGACUGGAAUGGCAUCCAGGAGAUUGCAAGGAGCAGAAAGAGAGACGACCCUCUGAAAAUUGGACGAUUUGGGAUCGGAUUUAACUCUGUCUACCACAUUUCGGAUGUGCCCAGUAUUUUCAGUGGGGAUCAGAUUGCCAUGUUGGACCCUCACCAGACGCUGUUUGGAGUGAAUGAGUCUGGCCAGUGCUGGAACCUGAGGACAGACAUGAAGGAGAUCUCAGAGCUGGCGGAUCAGUUUGCUCCGUAUGUUGGACUCUUUGGCAUUUCUGAGGAAACGAUGAGGAGUGGUAGCUUUCCUGGGACCUUGUUCCGCUUCCCGCUCCGGAUGUCUCCCACGCAGCUCAGCAGCAACAUCUACAACAAAGAAAAGAUCUUGGAGCUGUUUGAGUCUUUCAAAGCCGACGCAGAUACAGUUCUGCUCUUCCUGAAGAGCGUCGCCAGGAUCUCGCUGCACCUGCGCGAGUCUGACGGCACUGAACGGAUGCUGUUCCAGGUGACGGCCCACGCGAAUCCCGACGACAAGCUAGAGAGGCCCAACUCGCUGAAGACGCUGGGCAAGGCCAUCGACCGUUACAACAACUGUGUUCUCAGCUCUGCCAUCACGUGCGUCACCUACCAGGUCAGCGUGGAGACUCAGGAUGAAACCACGAGAGACGCUCAGAGGACCACCUGGCUGGUCUGCAACGGAGUCGGAGGCCGAGGAAUGUGCACGCAGUUAGACUCUCUUGCCGAUGACUUGAGGUUCAUGCCCUGCGUUGGCAUCGCGCUGCCGCUCACGCCGCUUCACGCCGAAGACAAAAGUGAUUUCUCAGGUCGAGCUUUUUGCUUUCUUCCCCUCCCCCCCGGAGAGGAGAGCGAAACAGGACUCCCCGUCCAUGUCAGUGGCUUCUUCGGCCUCACGGACAACCGCCGCAGUAUCAAGUGGCGCGAGGUGGACCAGUGGAGGGACCCGGCCGCCGUGUGGAACGAGCUGCUGAUGCUCAACGUCAUCCCGCAGGCCUACAGCGCGCUCAUCAGCGACGCCAUCCGAAGGGUGCAAACAAAAAAGGACCAAGACUUCGUUUUGUGCCCUGAGGGGACCUACGCUGCCUGGCCGGAGCCGCGGCGAGUCAGGUCCCGCUGGAAACCAGCCCUUCAGCCACUUUUCCACCUCCUGCUCCAGCAAGCCGUCAUCUACUCCCUCGCUGAGAGUUGGGUGAAGGCGGAGCAGGCGGUGUUUUCCGACCUGGACGGCGAUGACGACACUUCGGAGACGGUCAUCAACUACCUCCAAUGCUCAGGACUGCAGCUGGCCAAGGUGCCUGCUGCUGUGGACUCGGUGCUGGAGGCCUACAUGACUCCCGAAGGCACCGAGGCGAGGAGGGUGACGCCUGCCUUGCUGAGGCAGGUGAUCAGGAAACACAAACACAGAGGCUCUGCGCAGGAGAAGCUGCGGCUGCUGGAGUUUGUGCUGAGUGACAGCAACUACAGUGAUCUGAUCGGGCUGGAGCUGCUGCCGCUGCAAGAUGAGACUUUCACAGCCUUUUCAUCGUCCGUGACGGAGAAGGACGCCAUAUAUAUUGCCUCUGAAGAGUUCUGCAGGUCCUUAUACCCAGGACUGGAAGGCCGCUUUGUGUUGGAGACCAUCAAACCCUCAGUGAUGGAGACAUUGAAGACUGCUGCCAAAAGCAGAGGACGACCCUGCACACAACUGCAAGUGCUGAACCCUGAACGCUCAGCGCGACUCAUCAAGGAGGUUCUCUCAACAGCUUGGCCAGCUAGAGACUUCAUCGUUCAAUGGGAACCUGGAAACAGAGAGUUAAGGCAUCCGACGAUUUAUUGGCUGAAGGCCAUUUGGAAGCAUCUGUACAUACAUUUUGCUGAAAGCUUGAGCACCUUUGAAGACUUGCCUUUGAUCCCACUGGUGCCACUCGAGGAAAACAUGGAUAAAGUCCAGCUGCUGCGUCUUAAAACUCCAUCCCCCAUCGUUCUUGUGAAUGAAGAACAGACCCCUCUUCCUACAAACCUUCUUGACAUCAUGGAACGUCUUGGUGCAGUCGUCAUGAAAAGGCUGGAUUCAUGUUUGCUGCAUCCACUUCUCAAGAAUUACAUUCAUGCUGCGUCGCCCAAUUCACUGCUGCAGAUUAUGAGUCGCUUACCAACGCAGCGUUUGGCGAGCCACGUCUCGGCUUUCUCGGUCAAAGAAAAGCUUGCCCUCAGACGCUUCCUCUCAGGCCUAUCCAGCGUCUCAGAAAAGGAGAAGCACACCUUGCUGGAGCUUUCCAUCUUUGAGAAAAUCGGGAGCCACCCUGAAGGUACCUCUGCAUUUACAUCACUGAGGGGCGCCAGAGCCUUACAUCACCAGGCAAAGUAUCCACCGGACGUAAAGCUAUCCCAAACCAUUGUCGGUUCUUCUGAUGAGGAGUCCAUUCGCCUGAUCAAGUUGCUACAUGUGGAGCAAGUGAAGACAACUGAAUGUGUAAAGCUCAUUCUCCAGGAUAUUGAGCGAGGAUUUUAUACGACGGACGAGGUUUCCCAAAUAACGCUCUGGGCCCUGAGGCACCUAAGCUUUCUGAAGAGUGAAAACCCAAACGUGGUUGGAUGGCUCGCUGCUCUCAAAUUCAUUCAGAUGCCGUGUGGAAAGCUGGUCACAGCGUCGGAGCUCUUCGAUCCGGAGCUGAAGAUUCUCCAGAACUUAUUUUACAUGGAAGAAGAAAGCAGAUUUCCUUCAAGUGCAUUCACUUCCUCCCCCGACAUCCUUCACUCACUGAGACAGCUGGGCCUGAGAAACGAAGUCCAGCUGAGUGAAAAAGAUGUCCUUCAGGUGGCUAAGAAGAUUGAGGAGUUGCAAGGCAGCAGCAAACCCCACUGGGAACCCAUCAUUGAGAAAGCCAAAACACUGCUGCAGAUCCUCAACAAACAGACCAAGCUGGUGAAGUCCUCCGCUGCCCAAGCGUCCUUGCUCAAAUGGAAAUGGGUUCCUGCCUGCAAAGAAAGACCACCGACGUAUCCCAAAUCUCUUGCCUGGGUCGGGGACUCUUUAAAUAUUUGCUCCUUGUCUGACAUGUGCGAUAUAUCCCAUGCUGUGCUGGUUGGCUCGUCCGUUGCUGUGGUCCAACACACAUCUGCAGGUAUGAAGAAGGCGUUGAAGCUAACGGCGGUGCCACAUGUGGAUCAAGUGCUCCAGCAUCUCAAGGCAGUCAAUGACUGGCAUAAGUCUCAAGCGUUCAACACAGAGGACUGGUAUCAGUUCCAGCAGAUCCUGUUUGAGAUCUACAACUUCAUGCAAGCCCACCUGGAGGAGGCGAGAGAAGCCAUGAAAUCCUUACCCUUCGAGUGGGUUUGGACCGGGAAGACGUUCGCCUCGCCGGGCAAAACGGUCCUCAAACCCCUCCCUGACCUGGACCUACAGCCUUACCUUCACUCCCUUCCUAAGACCAUGAGAAAGUUCCAUAAACUCUUCAAGUCCAGUGGUUCGGUGGAAGAAGUCGCACCCAGCCAUGUGUUUGAAGUCAUCAGUACUAUCCAAGAAAACUGUACCAAGGAAGUCACAAAGGAGGACAGCAAACGUGACGUCUUGAUUUUGAUCAACUCCCUGAGGUGGCUUUACAAAAACCAAAUCCAAGUGGAGACUGACAUGCAUGUGCCUAUUUACUGCUACAAGGAUCCAAACAAGCUCUCAAUGAAACCUAUUCAUGAAUGCACGUACUGUGACAUCAAGGUGGAUGACCUGAAUGACUUGCUUGAAGACUCUUCAGAGCCCAUCAUUUUGGUCCAUGACGACAUUCCCAUGAAAACUGCAGAGUGGCUGAAAGUUCCGUGCUUGAGCACCAGGCUGAUAAACCCGGAGAACCUGGGCUUUGAGCAGUCUGGACAACGUGAACCCCUGACUGUGCGAAUCAAGAACAUUCUGGAGGAGUAUCCUUCUGUGGCCGAUAUUUUUAAGGAACUGCUGCAGAAUGCCGACGACGCAAGUGCAACAGAAUGCAGCUUCCUGAUUGACAUGAGAAAGAACACGGACAUCAGAGAGAACCUUCUUGACCCCGGGAUGAUGGCAUGUCACGGCCCCUCGCUCUGGUCUUUUAACAACUCUGUAUUUACAGACACGGACUUCCUGAACAUCACAAGGUUGGGGGGCUCUGUAAAGCGGAGCGAAGCUGACAAAGUGGGGAAGUUUGGCUUGGGUUUCAACUCAGUUUACCACAUCACAGAUAUUCCCAUCAUCAUGAGCAGGGAAUUCAUGAUCAUGUUUGAUCCCAACAUCAACCACAUCAGCAAGCACAUUCGAGACCAGUCCAACCCCGGCAUCAAAAUCAACUGGAGCAAGCAACAGAAAAGGUUGAGAAAAUUCCCAAACCAAUUCAAGCCUUUCAUCAACGUAUUCAACUGCCAGCUCCCUCUCGCCCAAGAUUUGCCCUACAAAUACGACGGCACGCUCUUCCGACUCCCCUUCAGAACAGAGCACGAGGCGUCCGUCAGUGAACUCAGCAGCCUGUACUACAACACAACUGACAUCUAUUCCCUCGUGGAUGAGUUCAGCAUUUGUGGCCACCGGUUCAUUCUGUUCACCCAGCAUGUUGGAUGUAUGGUCCUGAAAUACCUGAAAUUUGAGGAAGCCAACCCAGCUGGAGCACAAGAUGUUGUCACAAUCAACAAAAGCGUUUGGUCCUCCAAAGCCUCGUACGGGCCGCUCAGCAUCCUCAAGUCUGCAGCAAAGGUGAUGAAGAAGGUGUCAAGCACCAACAAGAUUCCUGCCGAUGUGCCCAAGUCAGGCUGCAUCAUCCGUGUGGUGGUGGAGGAGUUCCACAAUGUUUUCAAGCGAAUUGUUGACCUUCACUCCCCACUCUUCAGAGGCUCAGAGGAAGACCCAAACCAGUACUUUGAAAUGGCAGCCAAAGGUGUUCAGACUCGAAGACUAACUGACGAAAUGCCACAAAAAGCAGUCGAGACCACCAACUGGCUUAUUUGCUCCUGCAUGGAUGUAAACGAAGCGCUGAAGUUUUCCCUGAGUGAGAGUGGAAAGCGGCUGGGACUUGUGCCGUGUGGAGGAGUGGCUGUUCUUCUUACAGAGGAAGACAGCCGGAAGUGGAUGGUGAAGGCCACCCCUAACCCCAUCGGUGAGGUGUUUUGUUACCUGCCUCUCCGGAUCAAAACAGGUCUGCCAGUCCACAUUAAUGGCUGUUUUGCUGUCACCUCAAACCGAAAAGAGAUUUGGAAGACUGACACCAAAGGGCAGUGGAAUUCAGUGUUCAUGAGACACGUGAUUGUUCAAGCCUAUCUAGCAGCUCUCUCCAUGCUCCGUGCAAUGGCUGAAAGUGGCGAAUUACAUGACUACUGCUACUACGCGGCAUGGCCCGAUCCAAGUCAGGUGCACGAUGACUUCACGUUGGUCAGCCAGGGUGUCUACCAAGAGAUCGCAAAAGGAGGGGACAGUGAGCAGGCCAGGGUUUUUUCAGACGGUAAAACCUGGGUCUCCAUCAAACAUGUCAGGUUUCUCGACGAUGCCUUGCUGUGUAGACCAGAUAUUGGAUCAGCGUCUUUCAAGAUCUUCCUGAAAUACCUGAAGAGUGGUUCACAUGAUCUCUGCGCUGUCGAGCUUCCGGAGUGGGUGAAGGAAGGCUUCGACGACGCCGGCUGCAAGGCCAAACUAAUGGAAAACACCCUGACAGAGAGGCAGUUUUUCUCAGACAUCUUUUUCCCUCACAUCCAGGAAAUUGAUCAAGAGCUUCGGGACCCCCUGAUGCAUUACGUCCUGAAUGAAAAACUCGAUGAGUUCUCCUUCAUUCUCAGAGAAACUCCCUGCAUUCCGUGUUCUGGGCCCCGGAAGGAGUUGGUGUUACCGUCCAGAUUAAUUCACCCAGAGGGAAGAGUGGCCAAACUGUACAACACUGAAGACGGCAGGUUUCCCGAGGGAACGGCAAGAGACUACUUAAAUCCGGUUUGCCUUGUGAAGCUGGUACAGUUGGGCAUGGUAAAGGACGAUCUCUCAUGGGAAGAUUUGAGUGAACGUGCCAAAUCUGUUGCUGGGCUUAAUGAAAAUGACCACAUGGCUGCAUGUUUUCGCAGUAGCAUACUGCUCAGUCUCAUAGAUGAAAAGCUGAAGAUGAAAGACCCUCCUCCUGCCGAGCUCCUGGAGGAGUUAGAGGAAAUUAAGUUCCUUCCCUUUCUUACCAGACCUGCUGGUUUUUCACUCCCCUGGUAUGGAAACAACUUUUCCCCGGCUACGAUGUUUUGUGCAAGAGACCUCUUUACGACUGAACAUCAAGACACGGUGUGUCUAAUGAAGGCAAUCCUGAAUGAGAACUCCCCUUCGUUUAAAGGCUGCGGCGCGGCGUCCUUAGCCGUGAAAGACUGUCUCGGUCUUAUAAAGAAGCCUUCGGUUCUGCUUGUGAUCAGCCAACUGAAAAAACUGUCGCAGUCAUUCGACGGUGUCACGAUGUAUCAAGAAAAUAUUACAAAUGCCUGUUACAAGUUUCUGCACGAAGAGAUGCUGCAAGAUGAGGAUGCAAAGGCGCAAAUCACAGAGCGACUUCGAGAGUUCAAUUCAGUCUUAGUGGAAAACACGUACGUCAAUCCUUCUAAAGUUGCCUUCCAUCUGAACUUUGACGCCGCUCCACACCUUUACCAGCUCCCUAACAAGUACAGAAACAGCUGUUGUGAGCUUUUCCAAACAGUUGGAGUAAAGGCCAGUUUCUCAGUGGAAAACUUUUCAGAGGUUCUUGGAUUUGUCAAACAAGAAUGUGGAAGAAGGGGUCUUUCAGAGGAGAAUUUCCAGCUGUGUCGCAGAAUCAUCAGUGAGGGAAUAUGGAGCUUAAUCCGAGACAAAACCCAAGACUUUUGCCUUGAAAACUACAGCGGGAUUCUGCUGCCAGAUUCCAACCUGACUUUGCUGCCGUCAAACUCGCUGUGCUACAAUGACUGCCCCUGGAUCAAAGUGAGGGACGGUUCCGUAAAAUACUGCCAUGCCGAUAUUCCGAGAGAGGUUGCAGUGAAACUGGGAGCAGUUCCAAAGCGCCACAAAGCACUGGAGCGAUAUGCGUCCAAUAUCUGUUUCACUCAACUCGGAAGUGAGUUUGGCCAAAAAGAAAAACUGACAAGCAGAAUCAAGAGCAUCCUGAACGCCUAUCCGUCGGAGAAGGAGAUGCUGAAAGAGCUGCUUCAAAAUGCAGAUGACGCUAAAGCUACUGAGAUAUAUUUUGUCUUCGACGCCAGGACUCAUCCUGCAGACAGAAUAUUUGAUGAUAAAUGGGUUCCAAUGCAAGGUCCAGCUCUCUGCGUGUACAACAAUCAGCCUUUCACAGAGGACGAUGUUAGAGGUAUACAGAACCUUGGAAGGGGGACGAAAGAGGCCAAUCCAGGGAAAACUGGUCAGUAUGGCAUUGGAUUCAACUCUGUUUACCACAUCACUGACUGUCCCUCCUUCAUAUCAAACAAUGACAUCUUGUGCAUCUUUGACCCCCACGCGCAGUACGCGCCUGGAGCAACUUCCACAAGCCCUGGGAGGAUGUUCAGAGAUCUGGACUCUGACUUCCGAUCUCAGUUUUCCGAUGUUCUGAAUCUGUACUUAGGAGGACAUUUCAAGUUAGAGAGAAGCACAAUGUUUCGGUUUCCCAUUCGCUCCAAAGACAUGGCAAAAACAUCAGAAAUCAGUUCAGUGCCUGCCUCAGACCGAAUGGUUCAAAGCCUUCUUGAUAAGCUCAAAACCGAUGGUGCGGAGCUUCUGAUGUUCCUGAACCACAUGGAAAAAAUAUCAAUCUGUGAAAUUGAAACCGCAACAGGAGAGCUUAAAGUGCUCUACUCUGUCACAGCGAAGAUAUCGGACGGCGAUCGGUUAAAACGCAAACAGUUCCACGCAUCGGUCAUCGACAGCGUGACCAAAAAGAAGCCCCUGACAUCGAUCCCAGUUCAGCAAAUCACCUACACGAUGGAUAUUGGCGACACCGACGGGAAUUUGACGACGUGGAUGAUCUGCAACAGAUCUGGCUUUCCCAACAUGGAGAAAGUCUCCAAAAGUGUCAUCUCUGCCCACAAGAACGAAGACAUAACCCUGUUUCCCAGAGGAGGGGUGGCUGCUUGCGUCAGUCACAACUACAGAAAGCCUCACCGAGCCUUCUGCUUUUUACCUCUGGCACUAGAGACGGGCCUUCCCUUUCAUGUCAACGGGCACUUUGUCUUGGAUUCUGCACGAAGAAACCUGUGGAGAGACGACAACGGCGUGGGGGUCAGGAGUGACUGGAACAACAAUCUGAUGACGUCGUUGAUCGCUCCUGCAUGUGUGGAGUUGUUACUCCAGGUCAAGAGGCGAAGCUUCCCAGGUCCAGACCCCACCAUGAGUGUCAUACAAGGAACCCCACUUCAUGUUGUUAAAGACACCUUGAGAAAGUUUCUGUCUUUCUUCCCUGCGAACCGGUUGGACGUGCAGCCAGACUGGUACUGUCUGGUGAAAGCAGUGUACAGCUGUGUUCAUGCUGACUUGAAGAGAGUGAUACCGGUGGUCAGGGCGCCACAUCCAGAGAACUCCGAAAUGCACUCGGUGAACUCAGUCAUUUACAUCUCCUGGGUGAACACCUCCACCGCCGGCAAAGGCAGGGCCUAUUUCGACAACCUGCUCCAAGAUGAGCUGCAGCAUCUGAAAAACAUAGAAUACAAUAUGACCUCAAGAAAGUCUGUGGCUGAAAAUGUUUACCGACUAAAAACAUUGCUGCUAGAUAUCGGGUUUAAUCUUGUUCAUAGCUGUGAUGAGACCGCAAAUAUCUACCUGUGUCUGGAAGACGCAGGGAUACCCGUCAGCUAUGUGACGCCAAGCGAUGUCCGCACCUUCCUUCACACAUUCUCCUCGUCAGACACCUCCUGUCAUGUCGGAAAGCUUCCAUGCCGCCUUCCACAGUCAAACUACAAACUUGUUCAUCACCUGAAGCUCAUGGUUGACUACUGUUUUAAGGACAUAGAAGAGGACACAACAGUCAUCGACGGCUUGCCUCUUCUGAUCACCAUGGACAACAUGCUUCAGGUUUUUGACUCCAAGAGGCCAAAGUUUUUAACCACGCACCAUGAGCUGAUCUCACAGAGAAAGGAAAUGUUCAUGAACACAAUGUACAUCAAGUACAGCAACAUCCUGCUGAAGACAGGAGCUGCCAAGGUCUUCGAUAUCAGCGGCUUUGGUGAACUGCUGGGAUCAGUUCUGCCGCGAGAGUAUCGGACGAAGAUCCCUGUGAGGUGGCGAGAAACCUUCGCCAGUGAGUCCUGGUUGAAAAAUGUUUGGACCUUUGUCAGCGAGAACGUGGCUUUCAAGGAAGAUCAAGUGGAGAUGAAACCCACUUUUGACACAGUGCUGGACAUCCUGAAGGACUGGGCCUUGAUACCCGGGAUAAAGUUCAUGGCGAGGGACAAACUCAUCGUCCCUGAGCAUGAUGUGCUUUUGCCUCUAAGCUUAUUGAACAUAGCCAUAUUCCCUCAAGGCCAGAACGACAAGGUGUUCCAUACCCUAAUGAAAGCAGGAUGCAUCCAACUGUCGGUCAACAAGAUAUGUGUCAAAGAGAAUCCAAUCCUGCAGUUUCUCGCCCAACACACUGCCAACAUUGAAAAUCCAUCGAGCGUCUUAACAGCCCUUGAGUACAUGAUUCAGACCUCCACAAUGAAAACAGCAAACCUGACUGACAAAGACUUUGAAGCUCUCCUGCUGUACUUCAACUCCAACCUCGCAGUCCUGACGCAACAAGACGCAAGGACCAUCAAACUCCUCCCAUGCUUUAAAUUAGUAAGUGGGAAGUAUGUUGGCAUCGCUGCUUAUGGAACAAACUACGUCCUUGCGAAAAGCAUUCCAACUGCUGACAUCGACAAAUGGGCUCACACAACGUCAUUUGCCUUCCUGCUUGACAAUCCGCAGCUUCGAGACCUGUACAACUUUCUUGGCUGUGUUCCCAUCGAUGAUUUGGAAUUGUACUUCCAUCACCUCCUUCCCAAGUUUGACAACCUUUCCCAUGAUGCCAAAACUGAGCAUGUGGUCUAUUUGAAAGAGAGGCUUUUGUCAAUUGAGGAGCCAGGUACAAUGAAGGAGCAGCUGUUUGAAAAACUGAAGGGACUGGCUUUUAUCUAUGACCAGUCCAACAGACUGAGGCCAGCCAAGUUCUUCUUUGACGAAACGGAGAAGGUGUUUGAAGUUAUGCUGCCAGCAAAGUCAUUCAUACCGAGCGACUUUUUUAAGAAAGUGGAACAAGUUUCAAAGCCCAAAAAUGGCACGCUCUCUCUCGCCUCAUGGAUAACCUUUCUGAGAAAUAUUGGUUUAAAACAUGAAGUGUCCCAGCAGCAGGUUCUCCAGUUUGCGAAGGAGGUUAGUAUCAAAUCACAAACAGAGUCCUGGACCAAAGACAAGUUGCAAAAUGUCGUUGAGGUUCUCUUGAAUCAUAUUUUCAACGAGAGGACAGACCUUUUCUCGGGUUCUUUUCUCAAAGAGCUCUCAAUGGUACCGUUCCUGUGUCCUGAACGAGCCCCUAAAGAGCUGAUUAAGCUGCAUUCGCAGUACCAAGAGUCGGGUGGCACUCUUCCACUUAUUCGUUUCAGUGGGUCCCAAGUCAAUCCCAAAUUCAAACAGACGGAUGUGAUUCACUUGCUCUGGACUGCUUGUCCGAUUCUGCCCGAAAAAGCGACACCAUCGAGCAUCAGCGACCAGAAGUGCAGUCCACUUCCUGGACAGGAGCAACUGGACCAAGUGAUGGAAAUGUUGGGUGUGAAUCUAGAUCCACCGUUAGAGAAGGUCAUCAACAACUGCAGAAAUAUAUGCAACAUUUCCAGUCCUGACGACGAGAUGGUUAAAACCAGGAACAAAGUUCUGAGGUCCACGUAUGAGUUCCUGAAUGCAGAAAAACGGGAGUUUCGUCAUCAGCUUCGGGGCGUGGCCUUUGUCAUGGUGGAGGAUGGAUGGAAACUGCUGAAACCUGAAGAGGUUGUCAUCAAUUUGGAUAAUGAGUCUGACUUCAAGCCAUACUUGUACAAGCUACCUCUUGAGCUUGGUACCUUUCACCAGCUCUUUAAACUGCUGGGUACAGAGGACGUCGUUUCCACAAAACAAUACGUGGAGGUGCUCUGGCGAAUUUUUAGAAUCUCAGAAGGAAAGCACCUGGACCCAAAUGAAAUGAGAACUGUGAAAAGAGUGGUUUCUGGACUGUUCAAGUCCCUUCACAAUGAGCCAGUGGAAAUCCGCAAAGACCUUGAAAGCCUCCGAGAUUUGUCCUUUUACCUGCCAAGUCACGAUGGUCGCUUAGCAAAGUCCAGCAGCUUGGUGUUUGAUGACGCCCCGCACUACAAGAGCCGGAUUCAGGGUAACAUUGGGGUUCAGAUGCUGGUGGACAUGAGCCAGUGCUACCUAGGCAAAGACCACGCCUUCCACACGAAGCUGAUCAUGCUGCUUCCACAGAAACUGAGGCCAAAACUCUUGAGCAGCCUCCUUGAGGAACAGCUUGAUGAAGACUCUCCGAAAAUGUGCCAGUUUGGGGCUUUGUGUUCGCUCCAGGGUCGCCUCCAGCUUCUGCUGUCGUCUGAGCAGUUCAUCACAGGACUCAUAAGAAUCAUGAAACACGAAAACGACAAUGCCUAUCUGGUAAACGAAGAGAAAGCCAUUCGUCUUUGCAAAGCUCUCUGUGAAGGGCUCAAGGUCUCUUGUUUCGAGAAGCUGCAAACGACGCUGAGAGUCAAAGGAUGCAGUCCGAUCGCGCACAGCCGCAGUGAAACGCUCGCCUUCCUCAAGAGGUACGGCACGGCUGUCAUUCACCUCUACAUCCAACAUUCCGACAGCAAGGACAUUAAUUUCUUGUUGGCCCUUGCUAUGACGCUGAAAUCUGCCACUGACAAUUUGAUAUCGGACACCUCCUACCUUAUCGCCAUGUUGGGCUGCAAUGACAUCUACAGGAUCACAGAGAAGUUGGACAAUCUCGGAGUAAAAUACGACGCCACUGAACCUUCAAAACUGGAGUUGCCGCUCCCUGGAACCCCGAUUCCAGCCGAGAUACAUCACACCCUGCUCAUGGAUCCAACCAAUGUGUUUUAUCCGGGCGAAUAUGUCGGGUAUCUGGUGGACUCUGAAGGCGGCGACAUAUACGGCUCCUAUCAGCCCACUUACACGUACGCCAUUAUCGUUCAGGAGGUCGACAGAGAGGGAGAAGAAACCACCACUUUUCUCGGAAAGUGCUUCCAGAUUGACAUCGGUUACAGCGAGUACAAAAUAGUCAGCUCCCUUGACCUGUACAAAUUCUCAAGGCAGGAUGAAAGUAGUCAUGUGCGAGACACCAGCGCUCCAUCCACUCCCACCAGUCCAGAGUGCCGGACUUCAGCUCAACAAACUCUUCCUCCUCUCUUCAUGAAUAAAGAAAAGCAUAGGCCAUCUCAGCAAAACCAGACGCCCAAAAAGCUCAAGCUCACUGCCUUGCCCGAUAUCUUGAAAGAAGUGACCUUGGUGGUGGAGCAAGCGUGGAAGCUUAAUGACACAGAGAGGAAGAAGAUCAUGCGGCGUCUGUACUUGAAAUGGCACCCGGACAAGAAUGCCGAGAAUCUGGAAAUUGCCACUGAAGUCUUCAAGCACCUGCAGAACGAGAUCAACAGGAUGGAAAAGCAGUCUUUGGAUCAGCAGAACAUGGACAGAGCCUCGCGCAGGUCCUACUCCUCCUCAUCAGCACGUUUCCAGUCAGAGAAGUUCUCAUUCCAAAGGUUCUACUCCUCGUGGAACCAAGAAGCAACGAGCCACAAGUCAGAGAGGCAACAGUUUCGGGAGCAUCACAGCAGCUACGCUGGCUCGUCGCACUCGCAGCGCUUCUUCGUGCCCCCGACUUUCAAGACGGUUGGGAACCCGGUGGAAGCUCGGCGGUGGCUCAGACAGGCCAGGGCCAACUACUCUGCCGCCAGAAACGAUCUGCAUAAAAAUGCCAACGAAUGGGUCUGCUUCAAAUGCUACCUUGCUACCAAACUGGCGCUGAUCGCGGCGGACUACGCCGUGAGAGGAAAGUCGGAUAAAGACGUGAAACCCACUGCUCUCGCCCAGAAAGUGGAAGAGUACAGCUCCCAGCUGUCGGGACUGGCCAGCGAUGUCCAGAUCCUGGACGGAUACGGCGUGGACAGCCUGCGAACUCGCUACCCCGACCUCCUGCCCUUCCCUCAGAUCCCCAACGACAGAUUUACCUCGGAGGUGGCCAUGAGGGUGAUGGAAUGUACCGCACGGAUCAUCAUCAAGCUGGAGACCUUUGUCCAGCAGAAAAUAUAAGGUUGCCAUGUCAGCUGCCGCUUCCAGCUUGUGCUCGGAUCACUAUAUAUGCUGCCUCGCGGGCUCUGGGAUCUGCUGUACAUAGAGAUGCCUCAGCAAUAGCUUUUGUUUACCAAAGUCUCCUUUAUUGAGUUACGUUAGACACAAUGCUGCUUUUUUACUUGAUUUUUUUAUAAAAGGUAUUUAAAGAAAAUGUAUAUUUUACAUGCUGAGUGUCCUUAAUGAUUGUGCUUUGAGAACGGGCAACUUCUCCCCUGGUAUUAACUGUUAGACAUAUGCAAGUCAAGGGCAUCAUUUUUAUAUUUAAGUCUUUUUUCAAUUAACGGUUCUUUCUCACUAUAAGUCAGUUGUUUAUGAGCACUUUUUGGAAAGCAGUAGCUUAGAGGAAUUGCACUGUAAAGUACAACACUUUUUUAAGCGCCAUGUUGUGCUGAAGCUGCUCAUGAAGCUGGAUGGUCGUCUGCGAAGCGCUUUUGUUUCAAGCCAUCAGCUCAACAGGCGUGGUCUUUUCUGCCACUGGGUGGAGCCAUGUGACAGACGCACAUACUGUACAUGUUAUUUUCCAGGUACAUGUCAUGAUGGAGGUGAAAAGCCAUGCAACCUUUUUUAUGUGCUCUGUGCCAUUAGAAUGUCUGUAGAAAGCCUCCGCAAGUACUUGGUUUUGUUUUGUCCUGGCAAAUGUGUACAUAAGAUACUGAAUUAAAAUGUGAAC